AUGGCCCAAGAUGCAGAACUCACCAAGGAGCUGCCUCUUGCUGGGGUGAUUCUUUGCUGCACUUCGAUUCUGGCAGAGCAUCGAUCGCAAUUGGCCGAUGUAGCUUGCCAGAUGGGUGCAAUUCACAAGUUUGAUCUUACUUCCGAUGUCACUCACCUCAUAGUCGGUGAUAUAAACACUCCAAAAUAUAAAUAUGUGGCCAAAGAACGAACCGAUGUGAAAGUUCUCCGAGCUGAAUGGGUGGAGGCUGUUCGAUCAUCAUGGAUUCUUGGUGGGGACACUGACAUUCAUGCCCUGGAGGUUGAAUAUCGGCUUCCCACAUUUUUCGGGCUGUCAAUAUGCAUUACCGGUUUUGAAAACACGGAUUUUAGGAGUCAUCUCGAAAAAACCGUUAGUGAGAAUGGUGGUGAAUUCCGCAAAGAUUUGACAAAGACCGUUACCCAUCUGGUCGCACGUGUAGGUGAAGGUAAAAAGUACAAAUUUGCGAUUCUAUGGGGAGUAAAAGUUGUGAGUUUAAAAUGGCUUGAGGAUAGCAUUCAACGCACUAUGGCUCUCGAUGAAGCUCUGUACGAUCCUCUACUUCCAGUGGAAGAGCAGGGUAUCGGCGCAUGGAAUCGAUCUAAGCCGGCUAUUAGUGAGAAAAUAGUGAAACCCCAGGACGUUUUCCCUCAGCGCUCUCGAAAGCUACGUAGAGUUGCUAGCAUAAAGCUAGGCGGCCAAACUGAGGGCAUAUGGUCUGCUAUUGUCCCAAACCCUUCCACAACUGUUGAGACCAAUGACAACUCUCAGUAUGGCGGAAGCCAGCAAUUGACAGCAAAUUCACGCCCAAAUUUGCCAGAUACCAAAUCCUUUGCAAGUGAGACCACAUUCCCUGACAGGCAUGAUAGUGUACAACGCGAGAUUAAACCUUCCCCAGCAUUAGCCAUUGCUGAGCAGCAAGAAAGGGGCUUUUGGGAUAAUUGCAGGUUUUACAUUAUAGGUUUUACAACUGAGCAAACGCGUAUAUUAGAAUCCCAUCUUUUUGCGCAAGAUGCUCUUAUUUCGCCAUCAUUAGACGACUUAUUAAAGCAUGACAAUCAGCUGUUCAUGGUUGUUCCAUACAACUUACCUCGGCGGGACAUUCCGGAGAUUGAUGAAGAUUUGGACGAAGUUGAAAUCGUUACAGACAUGUGGAUUGAACGAUGCCUACGCAGCCAGGCAUUUGUUGCACCAGAGGCUCACAUAACCAGUACCCCUUUUCCAAAGUUUCCCAUUCCAGCAUUCCAAGGCAUGAGAAUAUGCUCGACCGGCUUUACUGGAAUUGACUUACUCCACCUUUGCAAACUUGUUAAUCUUCUAGGCGCGACGUAUGAUGAAUAUCUCACCGCCAAUGCCUCUGUACUUAUUUGUAACACUUCAAACCCAAGCCCAGAAAAAUUAAGACACGUGUUUGAAUGGAAUAUACCCCCAGUGAUGGCGGAUUGGCUAUGGAUAUCAGUUCAAACUGGGGAAAAGAAGCCAUACCAAGCAUAUUUGAUCCCUGACAAGCGACCAAUUUCUCAAGGAGGGCAUAGGCUAUCAGUACCGCCGCCUAGAGAGAAACAGGCCAGCAGCCCUGCACCUCUCAACCACUACUCAUCGGAUCCCGAUACCAAUAAUACACCCCAAGAUGGAGAUAGAGAAACCAGCAAAAAGCCAGAGGCUGAGACUUCUAACAACCAGCCUACAACUGCGCUAAAAGAAGUUUCCACGAAUUUCCCAAUAAAUCCUUCUCGCUCCCCGUCUCCAUCCAAAGAAGCCAUUCAACCAGUUCCACCACUUUCUCUUGCACCUCUUCCACAACGGGAUCCCAUGUCCAAAACAGCAAACAGCUCAGAGACCAGAAUAUCUCUCAACACUGCAAUCAGUGAACUCCUAAAACAGAAAAGAUCGCGCGCCCAAAACUCUGCCACCGAGACAGAAGUCCCCAUCCGCUCCCAAAGGCGGCGAAAGCUAUUCGGCAGAGCAAGCUCAUCCUGCUCCACCCUAACAACGACAGAUGUACGGGGUGUAUCUAGGGCAAGCUCAAUAGAUACGUUAAAUGAAGACGGGUAUGGCAGUAUAGUCGACGGGUUAGAUAGUCCUUCGACAAAAGCACCAAGCAACGCCCCAAGCUUCAUCUCGUCGGCCCCUAAAAAAUGUAACAUUACCCGUCCUGAACAGAUAGAAGCUCAACAAAUGCUACAACGCAGGCUUGCUCUAUUCCAGAGCAACUCUGCCAACGGAGAAUUUGCAGAGAGAACCGCUGGUGAGGAAGAACCACUGCCUUUAACGCAGCUUGGCUACGAUGAUCCAGAUGCUGUAGCAAUGCGUGAAAUGAUCAGCAACCAAACUCAGAGGGAGAACGAAGCCGAAGAAGGCAACGGGUCCCACGGCUCAAGAGUAGGCAAGAAAUUAAUCAUUGGGAAGUUACAGGAUGGCCGAGGCGGCGGGAGGAAGACAAGGGCUCGCAAAUCGGAGGGUUAG